AUGAAUAUAGAAAUAUCAAGCCGAGCACUUCCAUCUGAAAUUCAGGAAAGAGUUGUUGAUAGAAUUACUGGAAAGACCUCACAGACCAUUGAUAAUAAAGAUAUGACUUACAUCUGGGACUUUGCUGGCCAGCAGCUGUACUACAUCACACAUCGAAUAUUCUUAACAAGUGAAGCAGUGUAUGUGAUUUUGUUCAAUUUGCUGGAAAGUAUGUACGACAAAGGAAAGAAAAGAGUCUAUAAGGGGGACAAAAAUGUGAUGACAUACGAUAUGACAAAUAUACAGAUCAUCAAAUACUGGAUGAGGAUGAUAUUUACGUACGCUGUCCCAGUUGAGUCCCAACAGCAGCAGCUACAAGCCAAGAAACCUCAAAUUGUGGUGGUUGGUACUCACAGCGAGAGCCUACAAGGAACCGAUGAUGAAAAGAAGGAGAAGAUUGAAGAACAAUUUGGAAUAAUAUUUGAAGCAAUCAAAGGCACUCCGUACGAAUGUCACGUGGUGAGGAAAAUAUAUGCCAUUGACAACAAAUCUCAAAUCCAAAGUGAGAUGCUGAUAACACUUAAACAAGAUGUUGGUGGAUUUCUGAAAGCAAUGCCCAAAACCAUCCCACUCAAAUGGCUUGAAUUCCAGCGUAUAUUGCAGGAGAAUGGUAGGACAGCAGUGCGCAUGACGCAUGAUGAGGUCUGUGCAGUUGCCACUAAAUGCGGAAUUUCUGUAAAGAAUCUGAUCCACACCCUAAACUACUUACAUGAUCUAGGAAUCAUUCUGUACUUUGAGAACAACAGACUACUGAAACAUACGGUGAUAACAAACCCACGAAAGCUGAUCGACAUCUUCAAGAAGAUUAUCACUGUAGUGGAACCCCAUGACAGCGAAAAGUGGGCUACAAUGAUUGAGCUAUGGAAUAAACUUGAUGAAGAAGGAAUUCUUGAGGAAGAGUUAGUCAGACAUCUUUGGAGAGAUGAGCUUGCCAAAGAUGAAUCUAGCUUUGAAGUCUUCUUGGAGUUAAUGAAGCAGUUUGGACUGCUCUGUGAGCAGAUCAAGUUUUUUUCUCUCAAGGACCAGGAAAGCAAAUGUCGCUCGUUUUUUGUACCCUGUCGAUUGAAACGUAGCAAAGACGAUGUGUUUAUUGAACAUGAUACAGCUCAGAUGGUAUCUAUUUAUAUGGCCUCCGAGGAUUUCAUCCCUGAUAGUGUCUUCCAUCCUCUAGUUGUGAGCUUGAUUGGAAUGGUACAAGACAUGGGCUACACAGCCAUGCUAGAAUUAUUUAGCAACUAUGCUAACAUCCGCUUAGGACUUGAACACACUUUCAGCUUAGGACCAGUAGUCAUUAAUAACAAGCCCUCAUUAAAGCUGGAAAUAUUACGGGUGCCUAUCACUCAGGAAGAUGGUACCAAGACACCAACAGGUGAACCCAGUCCUAGAGUCUGUAUGCAGGUGUUAGAGUUUCUGAAGAAAGAGAUGAAAGUGCUGACAUCUGGAAUGAAGCACACAGGUUAUAAGUUCCGUGUCCUGUGCUGGACAAGCUUGCGAGAAAUGCACUUCCACGAUUUGGAGGAGUGCCUGGAAAAUGAGUGUAUUCCAUGCGGGAAGGAUUCGAUAACCACAGGCAAACUUCAGAGGAUGUUCAAGAAUAAGCAACUAGUGACAGGCUCUCAAAUGCAAGGAGCAGGAUCAAGUGAUACUGAAACAGCACCACCAGAUGAACAUCUUGGUUAUCUGGAAGACAAGCACCUGCUUCAUAUCGCCAUGGGCAUGGGAAUAGAGUGGAAACAACUGGGUGUCAGACUGGGUCUCAGUUGGAACAGGAUUCAACAAAUAUGUAGUGAUAAGAGACGAUUGCCAGGGAGAAUAAUGGAUAUGCUUACAGAAUGGAGGAAUCAUCAGAAUUACGAGACAAAUCAAGUUGAGAUAAUGUGCAGAGCAUUGAAGGAACAAGGACUCACAGAGCUUGCUAACAAUGUUUUUGGCUCGCAAACCUCAACAAAAGUACAUACUAGACGACAGUUACAUCAGAGACACCAGAAAUAUGAUGGACACUUAGCAGACAUUGAUAUGCUAUUUAUUGCCCAAAGACUUGGCAAGGACUGGAAAUCCUUUGGCAGCAUCAUUGGUCUGAAAAAAAAUGAAAUAGAAAGAAUUGAGAUGGACUUUUCACCACCCAUUGUGGACUCAAGUCUGGAAAUGUUGGUUAAAUGGAGAGAAAGGCAAAACUUUGAAGUAAAUCACCUUGUAAAGAUGAGUUAUCCAUUGAAAAAACUUGGAAAGAAGGCUGUCGCUAAAGAACUUCGGAAGUACUACCAGGAAACUCAUCAAAAAUAAUUCAAGAACAUUUGUAGGUACACAUUAGUACCAGAACUUUAAAGGACAAUUACACACUGAUUAUGCCAGGGGGGCUAGUUGCUAAAGAAGGCUGUCGCUAAAGAACUUCGGAAGUACUACCAGGAAACUUACCAAAACUAAUGAAAGAACAUAAGUACGCAUUGGUAGCGAAAAUUUUAAAGAACAAUUACACACUGAUUAGGCCAAGGGCUAGUUUCUCCAAUCCCUUCACUUAGAGCAGGGCCCCACCACUGCAAUACGUUUAAUACCACAGUGUAUCAUAGUUCAAAUAAUGACACCAGAAGAUUUGAUAUGAUAAAGAGGAAGUAAAUGAUAAUAUAGUGCAGAAUAUACAUGAUUUAGUAUUGUACAUUUGGUAAAUAUAACGGUAUUAUGCAAAUAUAUAUUCUAUUCUUCUUUAGCAUUUUAUCAAGUUGCUUUACAUGAAUUAUAUGGUAUUUUGUUUUUAUAUCACAAUAAUUAUGCAUUUAUCAUACAAUGCAAUUACGCAUAUUAGUAACACUUUCUCAUUUCAUAUAUAUAUACACAAUAUAUAUAUAUAUAUAUAUAUAUACUGUAUAAUAGUAUAUUUUG